AGUCUGUCCGUUUCAAAGCAUUUGGAUAAGUGAUUAAAAGCACUGAGCUGCUAGUGAUGGAAGCCUCUACCUGGCGCCGCUCUGGAUAUUUACUUGAUGACAAAGGUAAGAUGAGAAGGAGAGACUCUCCUCCCUCCAGCAAAACCUCCAAGAUGAAGUGCGAAGAUUAUGUUUUGUUGAGUAAGAAGCAAGUUGGCUAUGAGGGCCUGGGACUCCAAACGGAGAGAGAUGAGCCCAAGGGCACUGAUUAUGAUGUGCAUGUUUCCACCAAGAAGUUACAGAUAAGCAGAGGAGUGUGUGAGAGAGGGACCCAGGGACUGAUGGCAGAGGAGUCAUGCUCUAAAAAGCGAACCGUGACCAAAGCAGGUGGGAAAGGUCUGGAAGGUGAAGUCUCUUCAGAGGUGUUUGAAAUGCAGUUUGAACAGCGGUGUUUGGGAGAUGAGGCUGAAAGCAGGAAGGCAAACACUGUUUAUAGGCUGGAGAAAGCUGAAAUCAGUAUCUCCAGCCAAGAGGGAGAAAUUAACCCAUUUGUCCACAUGGAACCUGAAGGGAGAAAGGAAAUGACAGAGUACAAGUUGCCUCUGAUCCGGAGAAAUGCCAGCCACCAGGAAAGUUAUCAAGGGACAGAGCAGGCUGCAGCUGGAAGUGUAAAUAUGAUCAACACUUUUCAAGGAACACUGAAGAAGCAGAUAAGCCGGUCGGACUCAGAAAGUAGCAUAGAGAGCAGACAAGUUAACAAGCUGACACUGAACUCUCCCUCGGAGGAAAAUAAACCCAGCAUCCAGAGCAGGUCAGAUAGCAGGGAGCAAAAAGCCAUGGUGAUGGAUUGUACAUUGCAAAGCAAAGAGACCAGAACAGUGCAAUCUGCUUCACAUACCCUUUGGGAAAGCAGCAAUCUAGGUGGAAACUUUAGGCAGACAGUUAAUUUUUCCUCUCUGACUGAAAGCUCUGCAGACCAUUGCCCCAAUGGUCAAACUGGUGAAAAGGAUCCAGCAGGAAAGCUUGAUAAAGAUAAGCAGGUAGUGAAGAGACUUGAGAUAAUGGUAUCAGCAAUUUCGAAUUGUGCUCUGGUUGCUGGAGAUUCGAGAGAGAAUGACAGCCAGGUCCUUCACCCUGAGAGUGGAGAAGACCUCAGAAGUGAGGCAGAUUCAGUGGUAUCUGAUUCAAACAGCCAGCAAAACUCCUCAAAAGCCCCUUCAACCGGGUUACAAACUGGUCUGGCUGUGAGUUUCAGUGAGACUGUAACAAUGUCAGAGGUGCUACAGAAACCACAUGAUAGGGCUACUUCUAGCAAAAACCAGCCAGAAGCUACAUUUCCAGAUAGUGCAACUAAAGUCAUUGGAGAAAGUAUCCCAGGAGGGGGCCCAGCUCAGCAGGAGCCAAAGAGGGAGGAAAAUCCAGAGGAUGAAAAAGUGCUUAAAGUUGCAGAUGUGAAGAAAACUUUUGAAAGGCAGAAGUCUGCAGAAGGCAAAGCAUCAGCACCUCCGCACAGUACAGCCAGAAAAGACACAAUGAGGCGAGUGGUACGACAGAGCAAAUUUCGGCAUGUGUUUGGGCAAGCAGUGAAAAAUGACCAGUGUUAUGACGACAUCCGGGUUUCCCGUGUUACCUGGGAUAGUUCCUUUUGUGUAGUAAACCCCAAAUUUGUUGCAAUAAUCAUAGAAGCUAGUGGCGGUGGAGCGUUCCUGGUGCUGCCCUUGCACAAGACGGGUAGAAUUGACAAGUCGUACCCAACAGUAUGUGGUCACACAGGACCGGUGCUUGACAUAGACUGGAGUCCCCAUAAUGAUCAAGUCAUUGCCAGUGGUUCUGAGGACUGCACUGUCAUGGUAUGGCAGAUCCCAGAGAACGGACUCACUCUCUCCUUGACGGAGCCCGUGGUAGUUUUAGAAGGCCAUUCAAAAAGAGUUGGCAUCGUUGCUUGGCAUCCAACUGCACGCAAUGUGCUGCUCAGUGCAGGUUGUGAUAAUAUAGUCAUCAUCUGGAAUGUGGGAACAGGUGAAGCCCUUAUAAACCUGGAUGACAUGCAUCUGGACAUGAUUUACAAUGUGAGCUGGAAUCGCAACGGCAGCCUGAUCUGUACAGCUUCUAAAGACAAAAAAGUCCGAGUGAUUGACCCUAGGAAACAAGAAAUCGUUGCUGAGAAGGAGAGGGCCCAUGAGGGAGCGCGGCCCAUGAGAGCCAUCUUCCUCUCCGAUGGCAACGUCUUUACCACCGGCUUCAGCCGCAUGAGUGAACGGCAGCUUGCCCUGUGGAACCCUAAAAAUAUGGACGAGCCAAUAGCCCUGCACGAAAUGGACACCAGCAAUGGGGUGCUGCUUCCAUUCUAUGACCCGGACACCAAUAUCAUUUACUUGUGUGGCAAGGGUGACAGCAGCAUUCGCUACUUUGAGAUCACAGAUGAAUCCCCAUAUGUCCACUACCUCAACACCUUCAGCAGCAAAGAACCGCAGAGGGGGAUGGGGUUCAUGCCAAAGAGGGGGCUGGAUGUGAACAAGUGUGAAAUCGCCAGAUUCUUCAAACUUCACGAGCGGAAGUGCGAGCCCAUUAUCAUGACUGUCCCCCGAAAGUCUGACCUUUUCCAAGAUGACCUGUAUCCCGAUACGGCUGGUCCUGAAGCAGCUCUGGAAGCUGAAGAGUGGUUUGAGGGGAAGAACGCUGAUCCCAUUCUCAUUUCUUUGAAACAUGGGUACAUUCCAGGCAAAAACAGGGACCUCAAGGUGGUCAAAAAGAACAUAUUGGACAACAAGCCUGCAGCAAACAAGAAAAGCGAUCUCAUUAACACCCCAAAGAAAGCAGCAGACACAUCAAAUAUUCAAAACGAAGCCAAAUUGGAUGAGAUUUUGAAAGAGCUUAAAUCUAUAAAAGACACAAUCUCCAAUCAAGAUGAGCGCAUUUCCAAGUUAGAACAGCAGAUGGCGAAGAUGACGGUUUGAGAGCAAAGGGAGCAGAACUUUAAGCUGGAGCAGGGCUGGGGAGGCACUGCCAUUCAAGAAGACAUUCCAUUUCAGAAGUUGUCGAGCAGCAGCGUGCAGCAUUCCAAUAAGAACUUUAUUAUUCUCCUAAAUUAACUUCAGCGAAAGCCGAUGAUUAAAAGCCAAGCUUUUUAGUGAAAGAUUUUUCUGAUGUUUUAAUGUGUUACGUGACUUGGUCAAAAUUAAGUCAAAAGAAUAAGUGCUACUUUUACAAUUUGUUUCCAGAUGUUAUGAAUUUUUGAAAACAAACUAUUCUGACUUUCAGUGUUGUGCCCAAUUAUCCUUUUAUAGAAUUAGGGACCAACGCCACAUUGUUCUUAACCAUUUUUUUUAAAGUUGCCAAAAAAAAAGAAGUAGCCUUUUAUUUUUCCUAUUUGGCACUUUGCAGUAUUUGUUUUUUAAAUCUAAAGGGACAGCACUGUGUGUGUGUGUGUGUGUGUGUGUGUGUAGAGAUUGGAGUAUGGCUGUGCAUGUGUGUGUUUAUACUGUGUAAAGAACAAAAUGAAGCUGUUUUGUAUAAAUCUUCAUCUUUGAAUAAUCUGAUCAGUUCCAUUUGCAGUGUGGACAAGGCAGUUAUAGACCCCCCUCCCAUAAACCCAUGUGAGUUGACUUUACUGCCUUUUUAACAGUGGCCCAGUCACCAUUAGCACCUAGCUAAACAACUUGGUUGUGAGUGAAGUGACUCAUGUCACCCAUAACUCUCUUCCCUUUCUACAUUCGAGAGACUGAAUCCUUGUCCUGGAGUCAUGCUGUCCUCAUUCCAACACCCUGUGCUUGGAUUAGCCUAACGUGGUCAGAAUGGGCAUUUUGUUUUUUAAAGGCCAAAUACUUUUUACACAGCAGACGUUCAUUCUGUUUAUCAGUUAACAUAAGGUGUAAGGGUGCGCAGCGAAAUAGCUAAGACGAAUGCCCAGAAUUCUGAUUUGCAAGCCAGCGGGACAUGAGCACGUAGCCAAGUUUUCCAUUAUGUCUAUUCCAGUCCUUUGCCUAGCUGUAAAUGUGUGUGUCUGCAUUAAAUGCUGCAAGACCAGGCUCCUUUGCUCAUAAAGAAGCUAUUAAAUUUGUGAGCUUAAACUCUUUUUGCCCCCGUUUUUGAUGCUGAGAAGUUCCAGCCCCAAUAUGGCUUUCAGAGCAGCAUUAGAAACAGUUGGGUAACUUUACAAUGACAGGUCUCCAAAAACAAAAAACGUUCUCCCUCUGUCUCUCUCUCCUGGUAACCCUACCAGCUAUAGUAAAAUCCUAUCCCAGGGAACACAAGAUUUCCUGAAAUAUAAGUGACCUUUAUCUCCAGUCCCAUUGCAGUCCUAGCUUUUCUGCCUUGAUCUCAGACACCUUUGAGAUCCUCAGGUGAAAGACUCGGUGUAAGUGCAUGUUAAUCCAAAGCCAACAUCCUGACUUGGGUGUGGGGCUCCGAGUGUCCAGUGACUGCCUCAGCCCGGUGAAUGUCUGCUUACCGUGAGGGUCUGCGUUAUGAGAGGGAGCGGUGUUUGGCAAGCCAGCGGGACAUGAGCACAGCGGGACAGCUUCCCAGGUGGGCCCUGAUCAGGCUUGCAAAGGAUUUACCUGCAGGGGUGAGAGCUUCAGCACCUGUUGAGCAGAGGGUGCUAGACCUCUGGUAGUCUGCACAGUUUGUUGUGAUGCGUGUUGAACUUGGGUUGAGCCCCACCCGGGCCAGGACAACUUAUCUUGACACCGGGGGAGAGGCUGAUCAACCACAAGUGCAGUUAAAACCUGUCUGGGGGCCAGAGCAGUGAACCAGCUGAUAAGCCUAAAAUACCCUUUUCCAUCUGAGGUUUGAUCCUUGAAUUGCCUCACUACAGCUUAAUAUAUAUGUGCAUGCGCAUAUGCCUGUCAGACACACGCACACGAGAACUGCUUUCCCAAUGAACUGGGGAAGUGCCAGACGAGAGGCUGCCUUUGCACGGGGCAGGUUCGCAUUCCUUCAUCUGGGCACAGGAGUGAGCGCUGAAUUUCUCUUCCAGUAGUUUAGCUAGAAUUUCUCAAGUUCUCCAUUUUCUUGUACACCUCUACCCUGAUAUAACGCUGUCCUCGGGAGCCAAAAAAAUCUUACUGUUAUAGGUGAAACCGCAUUAUAUUGCAUUUGCUUUGAUCUGCCGGAGUGUGCAGCCCCCUUUUCCCCCCCGGAGCGCCGCUUUACCGCAUUAUAUCCAAAUGCAUGUUAUAUCAGGUCACGUUAUAUCGGGGUAGAGGUGUAUUUGCAUGUUCAAAACUUACAAUGAAGGAGUCUCUUGUUCUGGAAGAUGUGAGUGUUUCUGACCUAAGGUGAAAUCGUACCAUUGGGACAGUUAAGUGAACUUUUAGCAGGUGAAGCGUAAGAACUGAUGAGAGAGAACAGAAAACGUGUACAGUGUCACAGGAUGAAAGCUUCAUAAAACUAGCUCUGGGUUAUUUCAGACCGUGAGCCAAUGUUCUUGGGGUUGUGCGUUGAAAAUUGAGUUUGCAGCCUAGACAAUUCUGGGGUAUUUGAAUGUUUGGUGUUUUUUGUACUGCGAUCAAUGGCUGAUGGGGUGGGGUGAAUUUUGGCAAACAAAACCCAGUUCUCCCUGGGUAGUGAUCUCCUUGUUAAUUUGUGUGUGUGGCAUCAAGUCUGUGUGCUGAGGGUCUUUGUUUUUCUAAUCAGAGGGAAUGAAGUUUCUGAAAUGCCAGAUUUAACUGCCCAACCAACACUGUUGUAAGGUAGAGUGAUGGUUUAAAGAGAAGGGGGCAGGGGAAAGUCCUCCUUGAUCUUUUAGUUUAUAGCUUGUAUUUUAUUUAAAUGAACUGAUGAUGCCUAGCCAGGCUCAAACGGAGUCAGUGCCUGAAGCUUUUUUUAGCCGUGAUAUCCCAGAAGAGAACCAGCGAAGUAUUUGAGAGAUGCGCUCUUAUAGAGCGGCCAUAGUAUCCUGUCCAAAUAUUUGCUUCCAUUUUCAAAGAUAAAAUCAUUGAUUA